GAAAAAGAACCGUGUUGAUUUCAGGAACACAAUCCCGCGCUUAUUCAAAGCAGAGGCGGCGUAACCAAAACCCGACCUCACUGUCUCGUUGGGAGUCGACUCCGCCUGGGUUUCCGUACUCCGUUCAUUUCCGAUCACCAUGUCGGAGCCAAUCGUCCUCUCCGACGAAGAAGAUUCAUCCCCAUUCCAACUGUUCCACUGUAAGAAACGCCGAACUGAACCAGACCUAAAUCCAAACCCGAACCCGAACCCGAACCCAAACCCUACGGUUCUCGUCCUCGACGACGACCCUACCCCACAGAAGCCCCGCCCCACCUCCACACCUAUCGUCGUCCCGGAGACCCCCAUGUCUGAUCUCGCAAUUGUGAAAUGCACGAAAGCCCCUUCUGACUUCCAAUCUAGGGUUUCAGACUCCGAUCACAACUUCCCUGGUGUUAAUGGAUUGAUAUGUUUGGAAUCUGAUAAUGAACCUGAAAGUGGUCGUGGAAAGCAAAAGGAGAAAGAGAAUGAAUCGAUCACUAGUGGCUUUGGUGUGGUGGAGGACUUAGAUUGGAGGUUUAGUUUUGUCGAGUCCACAUAUCCUCUUGGAGAUGAUCUAGCACAUAUGUCUGAGGGGAAUUCUUCACAACCAACUUUGCAAGAUGAUAUUGAUCAGGUACUUGAUUAUGCUGAGAAAGAAAAUAUAAUGGAUCAGAUGGGCAACAUUACAAAACCGAGAAGAAAAACUAAAGUUGUUACUGAUAAUGAAAAUACAACAAAAGAAGCAACAGAAAGAAAGAAGCUGGCAAAAGAGGAACGGACACGCUUAAUGGAGGAAAAGAAGCUCAAGAAGCUAGAAGAGAAGUUGCAGAAAGAAGCUCUGAAAGCUGAAGCAGCAGAGAUGAAAAAAAUCCAAAAAGAAAAGCAAAAGUGGGAAAAAGGGAAGUUUGCCUUAAAAUCCAUCGUGGCUGAGAUUGAUUCUAAAGUUGUGGAGUUGGGGUCAGUUGGAGGAAAUUUGCUUACAAGGUUUGCUGAAAAAGGGUUAACAUAUCGUAUAACAUCAAAUCCAAUUGAAAGAUCAAUUGUCUGGACCAUGACUGUUCCAGAACAUCUUUCACAGCUUUCGCCCAAAGAAACAGAAAUUCAAUACAUGUUGCUUGUGUAUGAAGCUGAAGAAUUUUGUAAUGUUGUCAUCAAUGAAUCUCUUUUGGAUCAUGUUCUUAGUGUUCGAAGUCAAUAUCCAUCUUAUACAGUGUGUUGUCUUACAAACAGGUUGAUGGCAUACAUUAAGAAAAGGGAACAAGAACUGUACAAGAACCCAACAAUUCAUAAUAGCUGGAGACGCCCACCUGUUGAGGAGGUGCUGGCAAAAUUGACCACUAAUUUUUAUAAAGUACACUCCAGGCAGUGCGCAGAUGAGGCUGAACUUGCUGAACAUGUUGUUGGUUUAACAUGCAGCCUGUCAUCUUGCCAAUUUAGAAAGAAGUUAACGAGACUUGAUGUAAAUGCUAAUGGAUCCCUUAUCCCUAAGGACUGCAUUGACCGAACUUCAAUUAAAAAGAGCCCAUGGUUAAAAGCUUUGGUAGCUAUCCCUAAGGUACAACCGCGAUUUGCUAUUGCUAUAUGGAAGAAGUACCCUACCAUGAAAUCUCUUUUGAGUGUUUACAUGGACCCAAAUAUAUCAGUUCAUGAAAAGGAAUUUCUGCUCAAGGACUUGACAACAGAAGGUUUACUUGGUGAUGACAGAAGAUUAGGUGACGUUUGUUCCAAGAGAGUGUACAGAAUACUUAUGGCACAAAGUGGGUGCAUCAAAACUGAUGAUAUUGAGGAUGGUGCUGAUUUUUUCCGGCGUUGAAUAUCAUUUAUCUGGACAAAAUAAGGUACUCUUGUAAGAUCUCCCUCUCCCUCUCCCUGAGCAAGUCCGUUCUUUAAUGGAGAAGAGCAAAUCAUUUUCCGGGUGCUACUCGAGCAACUACAAGGAGGUCCAACUUGGAUUUGAGGACCGGUCGAAAUCAUAUAGCUUCAAUGGUCCUGUCAGCUACGGCAAGGCUGACGACUUGUCUUCAACAUCUGGCAAUCCAGAGCUGGAGAGAAGGAAGAGGGUGGCAUCUUACAACAUGUAUGCCACAGAAGGUAAGUUCAAGUCGUCGUUCCGCAACAGUUUUAAAUGGAUCAAGAGCAAGUUUGUUGACACCUUCUACGAUGAGUAAUCAACUAAACUAGAUCCUUUUUCUCCCUUUUUUUUUGUUCGAUUUUUUACUUUGUGAAGGUCAAGUAAGGUUCCAUUUACCGUAUAGUUUGUGUCAAGAGCAAGGCCUAGUUAAUUGUAAGGGACGAUUUUCUAGGGAUUGAAUCCAGUGAUCAUAUUAAGCUGUUCGUGCAGAUGAGAUUGCUUUGUUUUCUAUGUAUCAAAUUUUCUUUUUUGUAUAUAAACAUUGUGCUUUUGCUUUUCUUUU